AUGGUAACAAUUGCAACCAGUAGUUCUAAUCUGAACAUUACUCCACAACCGAUCAUUGUUCAUUCAUCAAAAUCUACUCAAACUCAAGCAAAUCCUAAUAAACAACAUUCAACUGUUUAUCCACUCUAUUGUUUUUCUAUAAAAGAUGGACAAAUAUUGCCUCUUAUGUUAUCAUCAUUUUCGUCUUCAAAAACCAUUCCAAUAAUCAAAGAAGUACCUUCUUCAUUUUCGUUUUGUAUCAAUAAUGAAAAAGCCGAAUAUUGUAAUCCUCCUGUUGAUUCACCGAUUGCAACACUAACAGCUGAUAUCCAUACUCAUUCGUCUCAUCAUCCAACUAUUGCAUCAAUUACAAGUUCAAAUUCAAAUACUAUUUCAUUAAAAACAACUCAAAAUCCUAUGAAAGAUGACAUAUUAUCAAAAAUUCAUCGUCCUUCAUUAUCACUACAUGAUACACGUAUAUGUCAUUUUGAUAAACGUAAUUGUUUAAUUGAAUGUUACCAUUCAUCAAAUGCAGAGAAGCAUCCAUCAAGUUUCUAUCGUUCUUCAAGUACAAAUACAAAUGCUCCUGAAGUUGUCUUUGCAGAAAGUACUUGUCAAUUAAUUAAACAAGCAUGGCUAUCAUCCAUAUCUGAUCAAUAA